AUGUUUAAAAAGUCUCCUAAAUUAUAAAAUCCGCCAAAGAAAUUAUAUUAAAAGUUAAUAUUUUUAUUAUUUGAUGGAAUGCCUUAUGAAUAUAUAAAUACAAACUUAACGAUAUCAUAAACAUAGCUAGAUUGUAGAUAUCACUUAAAAUAAUUUAAUUUAUUUACCUAAUUAACAACAUAAUAGCCAUAAAAUUCUUUGCUUUUAAGAAUGAAUGUUGAUACAGCACCUUUAACUAGUUCUAGAGUAAUAUCAUAUAUGUUAGGUAUUGGAUUACCUCAUUUAUAAUGGGGAAUAUUGUAAAAUAAUUAAUCUGAAGUAAGAUAAGAAGAUAAUCUAUUAUAUUAAAUAAAAAAUUCAUAAAAUAUUAAAGAAAAUUAUUCAUUCUUAAACUAAUGGUGGUAUGUUCCUUUUCCAAAAGUAUUUUAAAAUGAUUAAUAUAUUAAUAAAGAUCACGAAGGUUAAGCUAAUGACUAAGAAAACGAAGAAGCAUUAUUAAAAAUAAAAAAACUUAUUGUAGAUGAUAAAUUUGAUAUGAUUUUCUUUCAUUUAGAAAAUGUUGAUGUAGAAGGACAUACUCUUGGAAUACAUUAAUAAAAUUAUGCAAAAUAAAUAUAAUUUGUGAAUAAUAAAACAUAAGAAAUAAUAAAUAAAAUGUCAAAUGAUACUUUAUUUAUAGCUUUAAGUGAUCAUGGUGUAGCUCACAACUAAGAUGGAGGUCACUAUAAAUGCAAAUAAGGCGAUUUUGUAUGUUCUUCAUUUUUUUUUGCUUACACAAAGAAUGGUUUUGUAUAAAGAAAUCAAUUUUUAGAUGAAAUUAAUAAUGGAGAAAAACUUAAGGAAAUCGAUUAUACAUAAAUAGGAAGUACAAUAAGUACUUUAUUUGGGCUUUAAAUUCCUUUUUUGAAUUCAGGAUGGCCUUUAUUAGAAAUUUAUCCAAAAUAAAUGAAUUUAGAUGGAUUUAAAGUAAGAAUUUUAGAAGAUAAUUGGAGAGUUUUACAAUAAUAAAUUGUUUUAAUAAAAACUUUGUAAAAUGCUUAAGGUAAAAUAGAUAAUUAUGAGUUAAUAAUGCACAAACAUUAAUAACUAAAAAAAAAUGUUGGGAAUUUAAAAAAUAUAAUAGAAUUAUAAAAAGAAAUAAAUUAAAGUAUAAAUCAAUUUAUUUAACCGUUUAAUAUAAAAAUGCUAAACCUCGCUUUAAUUUUAUCUGUUUUAAGCCUUUUUAUUAAUAUUUUAAUUAUUUUUAAUAAAGAUCUUUUACUUUUAUAAAAUUAAAAGUUUAUUUAAAUUAUUUUUGAUUUGAGCUUUUUUAUAAUUUCUAUUGGAUUCUUAUUUUAUUUUCUUUAUAAUAAAUGGAGUUUAGAUAAUAAAGAAUAUAAAAAUGAAUUUUUAUAUUUUAUAAUUAUAAUUUUUGGAAUUUUAACUUUAAAAAUUAUUUUUAAUCUUUUAAUUAAUGAAAAAAACAGAGUUUUUGUAAUAAACUAAAUAAAAUAAAAUCUUUUUAUGAUUUUCUCAUUUUUGUUUUUUAUUUCUAAACUCAUAAUUUUUAAUUAUUUUGCUAUUAUUUAACUUAAUGCUUUAUUUUUAAUUUUUUUAGUAUAUUUUAUAAUUCUAUUAAUUUUUAAUAAAUAGCUUUAAUUGAUUUUAAAAAUUAAAAAUAGAUUUUGGUUCUAUUAUAUGAUUUUAAUCUAAGUAUAUGCUUAAUUUUUAAUUUAAAAUUAUAUUUGUAAUGUGUUUCUUGCUAUAAUUUAAGUAUUAUUAAUAAUAAAAAAAAUUUUAAAAAAAAAUUAUAGCUCUAACGUAAUAUUAAUAUUAAUUUUAUUUUUAUACUUGAAUUUGUAUUUAAUUUACUCUUUAGAUUUCGAUGAAACAAAUUUAUUUCUUGAUUAUUUUUUAACGGUUUCUCUAUUAAUUUUUAUAUUCUCUUUUUUUCAUAUUAAAAAUAAUACAUUUAUUUUUAUUUGCCUUUAUUUUUUAGGGUAAUAUUAUAUGAAUAAAUAAAAUAUUAUUUUUAAUGAAAUUCUAUCUAAUUUUGAUAUUAUUAAAUGUUUAAUUUGGCAAUUUUAUUUAUUUAAUGUUAAUAUUGUAAUUCCUUUAAUGUUUAAUAUAAAAAAAGAAUAAUAGAUAUAAUUGUAAGAGUGUUAAGCUAAUAUUUCUUAAUAAAAUAAUUAAUCUUAUUUUUACAAUUAAUAUUUAAAGAUUUUUUUUAAAUAUUCUUUAGGAAUUAUUAUUGAUUUUAUAUUGUAUUAAAUUUAUUACUUAGAUGGUACUAUAAAUGAAUCUUAUAAUGUAUAAAUGAAUAACAUUAUAUGUAAUUAUGCUAAUAGUAUUUUUUAAACUAAUAUGUUUGUUAUUAUUUCAAACUUAUUAAUAAUUAAUGUUAUUAAUUUUUUAAAUAAAAAAUAUAUCUCUUAUAAUAAUUAUUAAUAACUAGAUGAAGAAAAAUAAGUAAAAUGA